CCAAGCUCUCACUUUUAACUCAAGCUCUCACGGUCCGUAAUUAAGUGUUUAAACCUCUCAGAUCUUGCCGCCGCCGCAGUUUUUCAUGGACCCGCCACCACCGCAUACUACCGGAAAGCUCCGGUUGAUGUGUAGCUACGGCGGCCACAUCAUCCAGAUGCCCUUCAAGAAGUCGCUUUAUUACGCAGGCGGUGAGACGCGUAUCAUCAGUGUUCCGACCUCCAGCACCACCUCAGUCUCCGCUUUGUCAGCCCACAUCGCCGCCAGCUUAAGCGUCAGCUACCCGUUCACUCUCAAGUACCAGCUGCCACUCCAUGACCUCGAUUCACUUAUUUCUCUUUCCACUGAUGACGACCUUCAGAAUUUUCUGGAAGAGUUACAACGAGUUUCGAAUUUUCCGAAGCCUACACGCGUCAGAUUGUUUUUGUUUGGGUUGAAACAGUCCGAGUUGAAGACUACUCAGUGCGGGUUGACUCAUCCGAAGACGGAGAGUUGGUUCGUGGACGCGUUGAAAAGUGCAAAGAUAAUGCAGAAGGGGGAGAUGGGGUUAGGAGGGGAAGGCCAAAUUCACAGUGAGGGCAGUAAUGGUAAUGGCAGCAGUGGUGGGCUUUGUGGACAAGAGUCUAUGGUGUUGGAAACGUCAUCGUCUUAUGGUUCUACAUCGUCUUCAGUUUCUUUGUCAAAUUUGCAGCCCGUUAGGGCCUGUGGUGAUGAAAGUUUGAGUUUUUAUCAAGACAGUCGGGCCAAAUUACCUUUAGCUGAGUCUUCUGCAAGUGAUAUAAAUAGCUUGGGAAAUGCUAUAUCGAAUGCGCAGAUUGGAACUUACCAAGACCACAUUGUUCCUGUUGUUGCAAUGGAAAAUAAGGUUUCUUUCAACCCAUAUGAAUCAUGGGAUGGUAAAAUUCGUGAACCUGUCUUAGAUAUGCCAUCACAUGGAACAGUUCAGGCUUCAGUGUAUACGUUAUCUGCACAAUUGGAUCAGCUGCAGGGACAACAAAUGCAAUUUGUACAAUUGGGUGGUCAUUAUGUACCUCAAAACCCUACCGGAGUAGUGCCGGUUGCCUCUUACUAUCCUGUGCAUAACAUGCUGUCACAUCCACAGCAGCUGCAAUAUCUGCCUAGUCAGUCAUACCCAGUAUAUUUUAUGCCAGCUGGUCAGGCCCAAAUAUAUGAGUCUUCUGUGCACUAUGGUUCCAAAGAGAUUUUUCCAGUGGUUUCAGGUUGGCCUCCAUUGCAUCCAAAUUCUAUGUUAAUUUCUUCCCAAGUAGCUCACAAGGAUGUCAUGGCAACCCCACCUCUACCUGAGUUCAUCCCACCAGUUUAUAGAACAACCCAGGUUGUAAAUGCACCUAUCGAUGUCAAUUGUAAUGAAAAUAAGCAACAAAAUGUGGUUGAUUCCCAAACAGAUAGUCAGCCUCAGCUAAUUGAUCUUGGUUCUGGAGAAACUGCUAAUUACUGCGAUGAAUAUAAUGAUGACCCUGCACUGUCCCAAAUAUAUAAAACUCAGCCACUGCCACCCUCGUUGCUCCCUCAGUAUCAAACCAUGAAGGCCUCAACAUUACCAUUGUCAGAGGCUUUGUCACAGUCGCAUUUGAACAAAGUAAACCGAUAGGCUAGAAGCGUAUGGCCAAAGUAAGUUGGUUAUCUGAAGAGAAGAAACAGUUUUGGUAAUGGAGUCAGGGUAAAUUUGAAUGCUUUUGCUUGUUUUAUCAUUUUGGUGGUAUUUGUUCCUGUUUGAUAUACAGUUAGAGAAAUCGGCCACCAGUUUCUUUUUCUUUAUCUUUCUUGUCAUGCAAUGUUCCAUAUGUUAUUUGAUUAAAGUGUUUGAGAUUAUGUAGUGAAAAUUCAAUAAUGAUACUUGCCUCAAGAGUUGUAUAGUUUUAAUUUGAUGUAAAUAUGUUGCUUCUCUGA